UGUAUAAAUAUGAAUAGUUUGGAAAAACACCAGUUAAUUCGUGUAACAACUACCUGGCGCGGUGUUUCAGACGACACAUUGCUCAAUAUUCAUUCAGUAUGAAGAGUGGACUAUUCGUCGUUGCUCUUGUGGGGGCUUUUGCUGUCGCUGCUGGAGGUCCACCUGAUAAAGAUUGCCCACUCAUGAAGGCACUAAAGGAGAGCAUCGAUGCGUGCAUCGAUAAACUCAGUGAAGAAAGUGUUAAACUAAUGGAGAAAGACGCGUUCGCCGAUAACGAGGAAAUCCGUUGCUUCCAUGCUUGUGUUAUGACUCACAGUGGCCUUAUGACCGACGGGAAGAUGGACAUCCCAGCGCUCGAGGAAAUGCUAUCAGGGAAUCCUGAUGACGAAGAGGAGGCCCAGAAAAUCAUCGAGAUAAUGAAAAUGUGUAAACCCGAAGCGGAAAUCAGUGAUAACGAGUGUGAAGUUGCUGGAAAUUACGUGAAAUGCUUCCAAGCAAAGAAGGUCAACUGACCACCGAAAUUUUCAUUCUAAAAAUACUCGAUAGUUGUUACUGUGGAAAUUAGAAAAUAAAAAGAGUUAAGCAUCAUAA